GAUGAAGCCCAGUCGGAAACGGCCCCCAUAUUUUUCUCUGUUGUUCCGUGUUUUGUGCCCCGUGGCGUUUAGUUCCCACGUUUGUUUUGCAGAGACUGGAGGAUAUCCUCUCCGUUUAACGCCGCGAGCAGCAGCGCGGGAUCCGAGGUGGCACCUUCUUGUUAAACAGGACCACGCUUGAGAUGAGCACACAGGCUUGUCAGUGGUGUUUUUGCACAUUUCUGAGAAAUCUAAAUAUUUAUACGGGACUGUCUUAGGAAUGCAGCAUGACUACAAAGGAUGUGUGACUUUGCUGCACUCUGCCCUCGCAGUUUCCCUUUUCUGUGGAAAUCGUACAUCAGAGGAUGAAGAUUUUAUAAAUGAUUCUUGAAAUAGCCCUUUAUUCUCCUGAAGUGAGGUUUUGCCAGAGCAGAAAUGAAAAAGAGACGUGGUUGAAGAACAGCUCCCAGUCUCGCAGCGAUGCCCCGGCGAGGGCUGCUACUGCAGGGCCGGGUGCGCUGGCUCCUCCUGGGUGUAUUCUUGCUGUUUGUGUUGCUGUUCUUUAGCUACCUGCUGGAGUGCACUCCUCCUGCAGAUGUAAGUCAUGUGUUACCUGGCCUUGGAGGGGAGCCUUAUGGGAAGGAGUAUUACCAGGCUCUGCUACAGGAGCAAGAGGAGCGGCACCUCAGUCGAGCUGCCAGCCUCAAACGACAGAUUGCACAACUCAAACAGGAGCUACAGGAGAUGAACGACAAGCUGAAGACCCUGCAGGAAAAGAAAGAGGGCCCAGGGCCACAAGGCCUGGUUGAUGGCAAAGAUCAGGAACCUGGUGACCUCCUGGAAUUCUUGCAUUCGCAGAUCGAUAAGGCAGAAGUGAGUACUGGGGCAAAGCUUCCCAGUGAGUACGCCUUAGUGCCCUUUGAGAGCUUCACCACUACGAAGGUUUACCAGCUGGAGAUGGGCCUCACUCGGCAUCCUGAGGAAAAGCCCGUACGGAAAGAUCGUCGAGACGAGCUGGUGGAGGUGAUUGAGGCAGGUCUGGAUGUUUUAAACAACCCAGAUGAAGAGGACGGUCAGGAAGACGACAUGCCCAUGCAGAGGCAGACCUUCACAGACAGCCACUUUGUUGAGGGGCUUUAUAGGACUGAGCGGGACAAAGGCACCCUGUAUGAACUCUACUUUGCGAAGGAGAAUUCUCAUGAAUUCCGUCACGUCACCCUCUUUCGUCCCUUUGGUCCCCUGAUGAAAGUCAGGAGUACAUCUGUGGAUACAGCCAGCACAAUCAUUAACAUUAUUGUGCCUCUGUCAGGCAGAACUGAAGCAUUUGCCCAGUUUCUACACAACUUCAGGGAGGUUUGUAUACAGCAGGACAAGCGUGUGCAUCUCACAGUAGUCUACUUUGGGCAGGAGGGUUUGCAGGAAGUGAAGUCGUCCUUACGGAAAAUGUCCAGUGAGGAGAGCUUCACCAACUACACCCUUAUCCCCGUGGAUGAAGAGUUUUCUCGUGGAAGAGGGCUGGACAUCAGCGCUCACGCGUGGAAGAAAUCGAGCGAUGUGUUGAUGUUCUUCUGUGACGUAGAUAUUUACUUCACACUUGAGUUCCUCAGCACCUGUCGACUCAAUACAACCCCAGGCAAGCGAGUCUUCUAUCCAGUAGUUUUUAGCCUGUACAAUCCUGCUAUAGUAUAUGGAAAUCUUGAACUAACUCCACCUAUUGAACAUCAGCUGAGUCAUAAAAAAGAUGCUGGAUUCUGGAGGGAUUUUGGAUUUGGUAUGACUUGUCAGUAUCGCUCAGACUUCCUCGACAUAGGAGGAUUUGAUCUGGAAGUAAAAGGCUGGGGAGUGGAAGAUGUCCACUUGUACAGGAAGUAUCUGCGGAGCGACCUGAUAGUGAUGCGCACUCCUGUAUCUGGUCUCUUCCACCUGUGGCAUGAGAAGCUGUGUGCGGAUGAGCUGACUCCAGAACAGUACCGCAUGUGCAUCCAGUCCAAGGCUAUGAAUGAAGCCUCCCACUCCCACCUGGGCAUGUUGGUGUUUCGAGAAGAAAUCGAAAACCAUCUUCGCAAACAGGCCUACAAGACUCAGAGCAGAGCAGCAGAGGAUUGAGCUGGUUAUUAAACCUGCUGAAGCUAAAGCACACUGUUGUUAGCCAAUUGAGAUUUAUCUAGAUUUUGUUAAAUCUGAACUAAUGCAAAAAAAAAAUGUGCAUGAACUAAAACAUGGUUUGAAAAUAAACUCGAGACUCCACAUAAGGAUAAAACACGGUUCAUACCACACUACAACACAAAUCAUGCUAAUUGAAGUGCUUUAUGUAAACAUUUCAAAGAUGUGGACUUGAUAAUGUGAUUUCUCUUCUGAAAUCUCUACAAAAGGUCAGUUUACCUUUAUGUUAAUGUGAGUAUUAUUAAUGGAUGUACAAAUACCAUUUCAGUUGGUGCUUUAAUGUUCAAAGCACAUUAUAAAUGGCCUAAUAUAGGCUUCUAGCAGAACUAAGAGUUAUGCAGUUUUUGUAAUGAUUUUUUUAAAUAAUAGAGCCAUACUGGUACUUUUUUAUUUUGUUUCAGAACUCUUGCGCUGUGAUUAAAGGGUCCAGGUCUGUAUAUCAGUGUUAAUGCAACUGAAAGAGACAAUCAGUUUCAUGUGAAAUGGAUGGGAACAAAAAAAAGAUUGUUGGUGAAUGAAUGAGCAAACUGGUUUCUUUUUUUUUUUUUUUUUCCCGCCCUCUCAACCCUUCUUUUCUGUACUUUGUUUAAGCAUGACCAAUGACUAUUCAGCAAUUGUCAAUUUCAGCCUUUGCACUGUGGUUAACGACACUGGUUAGUGUCUUUUGUUGGAGCUCACCCAACUGUAGAUAGUCAAACGCUGACGUCUCCAGCUCUUUCUUAAAGCUGGUUUAAAAAAACUGCUAAACUGCUGAUAGUAGUUAAUACUCACAAAUUAAAUAGUGUCAAACAAACGUAAACAAGGCUGUUUGCUAUAGUUUGAAAUGCAACUGCAUGUUAAAAUGGUCAGUGAUGAAUUUCUCACACUUUUCUUACAAAAUAAAGAAAGAAAGAAGA